GUGCUUGCCCAGUUCUGUGAGACACUGGCAUGAGAUGGCCAGGCUCUUAGGCCUGGCAGAUAGCUGGGAGGCAGAGAGUUCCAUCCGCUUUUGUUCCCGGCAGACUGGGCGUUUGGUGCAGUGGCCUGAUAAACCUGAUGCAGUGGGAAUCCCAAGUAUGACUGCCGUGAAGAUGAACAUCAAGGUCCUGAAGCAUGCUUCAUUGCUUUGGGUGGAGAUCUUUGACUAUGAAGCCGCCGGCACCCCAAGGACCCCACCUCUCAGUGCGAUCCACCACGAGGAUGAAGGCAUUGUGGAGCUCUUUGAGAUCUUCCGAGUUGCUUGGUGCUUGGAGGUUCCCAGUGUUGGGGACCCUGUUAUGGAUAUGGAUGAUGAGGACCAAGAUGAUGAUGCGGGAAGCUUUCACAUUGAUGCGGCGCCUGUUGAUGAGACUCCUUCUUUGGAAUGGGGUGAACACAACCCAGCUUUGGAAGAGCCCCUCUUAAGUCAGGUCUUAACGCAUGGGGAUGAUGACAUGGUGCCAUCUACUGUUGAAGUGUCUACUGAGCCGUCUACUGCUGAGACAACCAUUCCCAGAACAGGGGCUGAAAGAAAUAAGCGUGACCCCUCGACCUUUGACACCAUGCCGUUUGAGUUUGAUGAGGUCUGUUUGGAUUCAGGCAAUCCCAAGGCUGAGCAACAGCUUUUGGAUCGCUGCAAUGCAUCUAUGGCAAAAGCUUCAACAGAGUCUGGUUUGCAAGGGGCUUUGGGGUCACUGUUUGGAUUCCAUGCGUUGCUGCUAGCAUCAAGUAAAGUUGCUUUUCAAAUGGUCGUUCUGAUCCAAUCUGUUUGCUCUGCUGAUGGACCUAAGGGUGAAGCUUGUGUUGAAGUGGUGGAGUCCCAGGAUGCAACCAUGGAGGGCGAAGCUUCUGAUCAAGUUGUUCCAGCUGUUGAUUCGCAGGGUCUUGAUGUUUCCAACGGUGAGAUUGUCAGCCCACUACUGUCCCUAGCCGAGCCUGAACCUCAUGCCUCUAGCCCUUCUCUGGAAUGUGCGCCAGCUCCGGAAUGUGUCUCCGUUGCCCCUCUCCCUCCCCCAGAAAAUCUCAGCAAUGGUGGUGCUGUUGUUGUUGAUGAUGGGUCAGAUGGGGAAGGGUCUGGCGAGGAAAGUCAGGCUAAGAUGAUGGAAGUUGAGUCCCUGAACCUGGACAUGUUUCAUGUCUCUGGUGAGUCUGAAGAAGAGACAGUAGACUUCUUGAGGCGACGAGACCAGCAGACUGCAAUGAAGGAGGAUGCUCCACCCCGAAAGGGAAAGGGCCGAGGAAAGGGCAAAGGUAAGGGGCGAGGUCGAGGCAAGAAGCAGCAAAAGGGUGACUAUGAGGAGGAGGAGGAGGUGUUUCCUGAGGAGACAGUGGACAAGCCAGCAGGUAAGAGCAAGAAAAGCAAUGGCAGACUGGAAGGAAAGGGAAAGGUGGAAAAGGUAAAGGCUGAGAAGAAGUCCAAGGGGGAGAAGAAGUCCAAGGCGGAGAAGGUGGGUGAAGAGCCAGGGGUCACAGGCAAGGCAACCAAAAGGAAGGCCAAGGCUUUGGAGGAGAAGAAGGAGCAAUCAGCAGCACCCAAAGUUCGCAAGCCACGUCAGGCAAACAAGAAAGCCAAGGCAAAUCCUGCUACCUCUGCUGCCUCUGCACCGGAGCCUGCCCCCGAUGCUGUCCCAGAUGUUUGCCAUUGUCUCUUUGAAGCUGGUCCACUGGGUGCCCCAGAUGUUCCACCCGAUGCCCCUGCUCCCAAUCCCAAGCCCAGACAGCAGGGCACGAGGGUCCCAGAGAAAACCAAGAAGCAGCUGAUCCCCUUGAUCAAAUCCUACUCCCAUUCCUACGUUGUGCCCUACUGGUCUCGUUCUGCGGUGGGCUUGAAAGUCCGUAAUGCUUCUGGGUCGUUGUCGCAGGCAUUCUACUUGAGUGGCAAGCCUGGCACACCCAUGCGCUUGGUUCUGGAUCAUGUCCAGGCCGGACUGUCCUUCUUUGGACGCUUUGGUCUUGUGCAAGAGAAGCGAACUCCUGACCUGAUUGCAGUAAUGAUCACCGCGGUGAUGCUUAUCUUUUGGCUGAGGGCCCCGGCCUUUGGGCCAUUGGAAAGGGUAUAUACGUGGCCUUAUGCACGUCGCAUCCUGCAAAUCAAAGAUUUGGGCAAGCGUGAAAUCCGAGACCCCAUUCCCGGAGUUGAUGAGACCUCUGAUCUGAAGAAGAUGUAUGCAGCCCUUCCCUGGGAUGACCUGUGGGGUGAUGCUGACAUGGUCAAUGUCAUUAGAUACCUCAGAGGUUCCAAGCUGCUGGAAAUCCCAGACGAGUGGUUAAAGAAGGACAAUGAGAUGUUGAGGGUGCCAAAGCCCGUGCCGAGUGCACCCCGUGCACCUUUGACUCUCCAGUGCGCAGAGCUCAUUUCCCUGUGGCCAAAGCAGAAGUGGCUGGCUUCGGUUGGGGUGGAUGUGGCAACGUGUGUUCGACUUACUGAGGAAGUUCUACCCCAACUUGAGGAACUUAUGCGCCAACGUGCGAUGCUAUCUCCUGUUCCUGCAGGAGGCGAUCUUACCAAGGAGAAUCCAGGUGGUGCGUCUUCAGCGGCUUACCCCACUCAGCAUUCAACCACAACCCCAGGGAAAACAUUGAAGAAGAGCCGGGUUGAAAUUUCAAAGUCCAAUUCCACUGCCCAGAUCACUUUUGAUAAGAUCAUCCCAGGGGACAUCUCGCCUCCGGGAACUCCUUUGGCACCCCGUGCGCUUGACCUUGGCCAGACUGGUGAUUCACCGGAUGAGAUCGAGGUCUUGCGAGAAGAGUACCAUAAGGUGGUGAACCGGAAUGCUGACUUGGAGGUUCAAGUUAAGAUGCUACAGCAUGAAUUGACUCAAAUGAAGAUUAGUGCCCCUGGAUGCAAUGACACAGAGAAUAAUGAGGGCACAGGUGAGCAGGGCAAUCCUGAAGUCCCAGCAAGUGAAGAAGCUGCUCGCAAACGCUUGCAGAACCUGCUGGUACCUCGCGAGAUCUAUGAGGAGUGGAGGAAGGGUGGUGCGAGCCGAGCCCGUCUUCAGGAAACCUUUGCCAACCUCAACUUUGACAAGGCAGCGUUCAUUGCCCAUGUGUCUUUGGAAAUUGAAGAAUGCCAAAGUAUGAAGACAACUGUUCAUGCCGAGUGGGCAUCCGAAGAGAAAAUGCGAGAUGGUAUGCACAUGAGUGCGUUUGACAAGUACGAGGGCAAGAUGCUUUUUUGGGUGGAACACGAAGUGACGGCCCAGUAUGAAUCCAGCAAGACGAGGACCCGGCGGGAACAGGUGAACUUUGACACGGAUGAGCCUGAUUCGACUCUUUGCGCAGCCUCGGCACCCAUGACCCUCAACAUGGAUGAUGUCAGGAACAUGUCAUUAGGUGGUACGCCUGGUGCCGGUGGAGAUGUUCAGCCCCAGCCGCGCAGCCAACCACCGGUGUUGCCACAGCUCCAAAAGAAUGAGUUUGUCCAGAAGUUGACUCAGCUGGUGGAUGCUUUGGAGAACAAACAGGCCCUCAUCAAUGAGGUCUAUUCAUCUGGCGCUGUUGAGGGUUAUACUGAUGAGGCGCAGGAGUCCGUUACCAUGGAGGCCCGAGCUCGUUCCAUCCCAGCCAAGCCGAAGGCUGUGGCAGCCCCGGCCUCCAAAGCGAAGGCAAAAGCCAAGGUGAAGGCCAAGGCCAAGGCCUCGGCAAAGGCUGAGGCUUCCCCAAAGGCAGCUCCGAAGAGAGCUGCCCGUGAAUCUGAAUACAAGCCGGGUGUCAUGAUGAAGAACCUGGCGCUGUCUCUAGCUGAUGGUGCUUCAGGCUCGAAACUGAAACGACUGGCAGAUGCGGCAGCCCAAGAGGAAGGUGCCCUGAAGUAUUCAGCGGUGUUCAAACGAAUUUCGACCAUGACCAAAGACAAUCUGAAGAAUGCUGAGCGAGAUUUCCAUGCUGUAUUUAGUAGCUGUGGGUUGACUAUUCCAGUCCCCGUUUCAAUGCAUCGAUUUGGACUACUUCACCUUCACUACCUUUCUCUGGAGAACUGGUUUAGCUACCUGAUCAGUGAACAUUCCCGGUUAUUGUUCGGUGGAUUUGAUGUCAGCGAUGGACGCACCAAGUACUUGCUGGGAUCUUUUUGGAAGAAAUAUCAGGUAGCCCAUGGUGACCACUGGGUAUUUUCAAAUCACACCGAUGAGUUGAACAAAUGUAUCCCAUAUUACCUUCAUUUGGAUGAGGGCACAGGCCAGAGAAAGAGUGGAGUACUAGUAUUCAACAUGCAGUCGCUGUGGGGCUUGGACACCAAGACCAAGUUUGAACGAGCUUUUCAUGGAAAUCUUGGGAGAUCUGAUGAAGAUUUUGAGGACUACAUGACCAGGUCCCAGUGUCACAAUCAGUCUGGGUCAUCAUUUCUGUCUCGAUUUCUCUACACCAUCAUACCGAAGAAAUGGUAUUCAAAGAAGUUCUCAUUUGUCUAUGACAAGGUUCUUGAAAAACUGGCAGCGGAAUCCCGCAAGCUGGCCUCCACUGGGGUGAAGGGCUGGUAUCCCAUUUGCCUCGGGGUCAAGGGAGAUGCUCCGGCGCUAGCCAAGGCGGCUCACUAUACAAGAUCUUUCCUGAAUCUUUCUGAGCAGGUUGGCAAGGGCAUUUGCCCAGAAUGUUUGGCUGGCCUAGAUGAUUGCCCCUAUGAGGAUAGCACACAAGCUGAUGUACUGCUGGAGUUUGCAUAUGAAGAUUUCAAUUUCUAUGUCAAGCACGAAUUUCAGGGGCGGCAUGCCCAGGCAAUGAAAAAAGGCCGAAAUCGCAGGGGCUCCGGUGAGAGCCACACCCGGCCACGGGGACUG